AUGCAACCCUCCACAUCCCAGCAACCACCAUCCAAACCAAAAACCAUCUCAGAUCUCCACCGAGAUGUGAACCUCUUCGGAGUCCCUAAUCGCUCCCCAUCGCCACUUCUCUACUAUCAACUGGCCUCCGCCGAAGCUUCAAAUGAGAAUAUCAGAUAUCACAUUGGAGAAAGAACCGACUUGACGCGUUCAGAGAUUCUCGACCUCCGUGAGUUCUUCAACACUCCGAGUUUGAUCGGCGGUGGAGAUAUGGUUUAUUUCAAGAGACUCUGCACAAGACGUGUAAAGGAAAUGAUAAAUAUAUUCGUCGACUACUUGCAACAAAACUACGAGGAGACCAAAGUGCUCCCACCGUUCCCAAGCAUCUUCCAUAAGACGAUUGUUGAUGUUUCAGUCGAAUGUUUGUACAGAUACUACCUGAUUACGAAUAACUCAAAUAUUUAUACGGCUAUUCAUGAUUGUGUCAAAGUCUUCUAUCCGGUCCCCUUCACUCAUUUCGUGAUCCCCGCUGAACUCAACAGUAACGAAGAAUUCUGGAAGACACCAGUGGAGAACGAGACAUUGAGGAACCUGUCAACGACUCCGUUCAGAGAUUAUUAA